GACAUUUCUGAUAUUCUAAAAAACAUCGAGAAAGCAAAGCAGUGAAGUGAUAAGUGAAAUAAAAAUUUCUUAUUAAGCCCUAAGUUAUCCAAAAUGUUAUCGUAUUGAAUUUCUAGGAGUACAGUUUGUGUUUUCCGCAUUAUUGACUUGUGUUGUAUCUCCCAAAAUUGGAUUGUGUGGUGGUAAAUUUCACCUUAAGUUGAUUGUCUACGUAUGUUGUCAAUUCCGAGAACUGUUUUCAGAAUGGUGCCUCAUAGAACAUAAAUAAAAAGUACUGAAGUUGUUGUAAUGGACAAACCAAAUGUCAAGUAUUUUUUAUUACUAUUAUUUUCAUGCUGUGCCUGGACUAGAGAAUCAAAGCAUGACCAUUGCCUAAAACAUUUGGAUACUUGUGGAUUUACGGUUCCUAGAGGAGAUAUAGUCCUUGAAUAUGGCCAGCCUUUGAAUAUAACUUGUAAUAUGUAUGAGGAUAUUGCUGAAAAAUAUGGAGAAAAUGCAAGUUCUGGUCUGUAUUUUACCCAUGGGAACCAGGUCAUACCACAUGAAAUGGUUGAAAUUGUCAAUUCUACUAGUAUUAGACUUUACAUUGAGAGGCCAUGGAAAGUAGCAAAUGAAAAUUUCUACUGCAAUUUUAAUGAGUCUUUAUUUACUCCACACAGUAGAAUAACUGAAGUAAAUCUUGUAUGUAUGAAUGUAGUAAUUGUAGGAGUUUCUCCUCAGAAUGUGACUGAUUUUUCCUGCAUUGGAAGAAAUUAUGAGAACUUGACAUGCUCAUGGACUGAACCUGAAAAUUAUGUAAAAACACAAUAUAAUCUGUCUUAUACCUUCAGUGGACGAGCAGCAAGGACGUGCAACAAAGUUAGGGACCCAAAGGGCAGAGAAAGAAAAACUAAAAUCCCGAAAAAUGGUCAAACGAAAACCCCAUUCCCUUGUCCGAAACUGACGACAGAGGACAAAAUAAUGAGCUGUUUCUGGAACAUCUCAAGUCGACCUCAGUACAGACUAGUCCAACCGACCUACAUAUUCACGUUGAACAUGACCAACCAGUUUGGUACAAACACUCUCGAAUAUGUUUUCGAUCAUUUCAAGCACGUCGUCCCUAAUAAGCCCGAGAAUUUGACAGCUGUCGCUACAUCACCUCAUUCCAUAAAUUUGACGUGGACGAUACCAUCUUCCAUGGUAGGAUUCCCUUGCGGGCUGCAUCACAGGAUAUUGUACCAAUGCGAAUACGAGAAAAAGUGGCAUUCUGGAGGCGUUAUCACGACGGCAACUAAAAACGAAACUCUUAACUUUGAACUGACCAAUCUGAAGUACGCUCACAAUUUGUACGAUAUCAGAGUGAGCAUGCGUUCAGCUGAAGCUGUGGAUAGCGAUACAGUGUGGUCAGAAAAUGCAUCCAUAACCGAGUGGACCAAAAGCAAAAUUCCUGAUUGUCCGCCUGCCACAACUAUAGGUAGCUUUGAGAUCAACGAGUAUAAUUCGACCUUCGAUGUAUAUGUGUAUUGGCAAACAAUCAAGCCAGAGCAAGAGAAUGGACAGAAUUUAACGUACGAAGUUUAUAUGGAUAGUCAUCCUGACCUCCGCUAUACUGAGGUGACUAAGGCUUAUGCUAAGUACACCAAUUUAUCUUUUUCUACUUACGUCAUAAGUAUCUGGUCGAAGAAUGAGGAAGGGUUUUCGUCAGAAAAAUCCACCGUUGUUAUUCCUGCAGAACGUCCAUCCCUACCUCGAAAUUUCAUUAAAAUGGAACAUACAGGACUAGUAGAAUUGAAAUGGGAUGCACCUGUACAUUCCAAGAGAGAAAUCACUAAUUACACCAUAUUCUGGUGUGAUAAUCAUCGUGAUAGACCUCAUCAGUGUAAAGGACGUCUCAACUGGGUAACAGUUCCAAAAAAUACAUCAAAGUACAAUGUUUCUAUAAACGAUCUAUAUCAAUUCGCAAUUUCGGCCAAUAGCCACGGAAGCAGCAGCGGCAUGUUAUGGGCUGAAUGUACUUUCGUAACCAGCAAUGCUGUAGGAAAAAUGAGGAACAUUUGGAUCAGCCGAAGUGGCUCAACGUUCAUAGAGCUAGGCUGGAAACUAGAUUGUUCUGAUAGAAUCCCGAGCGUCACAGGUUACGUCAUAUCCUAUUGUCCGAUGAAAUCAGUCGAACAGAAGCAAUGCACUGAGGGUGAGAAGAACGUCACGAUACAUGAUAAAUCUGCGCACUCUGGCAUAGUCGACAAUUUGAAACCGUACACCAUGUACCGUCUCACAGUACGCGUCAUCAUGAGCCUGGAUAGUUACAGUCAACCAAGUGACUUUUUGAUGAACAUCACAAAUGAGGCUGCGCCAUCAACCCCGCCUUUGAAUGUGUCCGUCACUAAAAUCACGAACUCGUCAGUAUCGUUGAAAUGGCUUCCACCCACUGAGAUGAACGGCAAACCCUCGGAUUACAUCAUCUAUUACGCCACAGACACCGAGAAGAAGUCAAAACAAGCGGCCUACGAAAUGGACAGCUUGACUUUGUCAGAUCUGGAGAGCUACAAAACAUAUUGGAUAACCAUGCAGGCCUGUACAACAAACAGAAAAUGUUCCAAGCCCUCCGAAAACAUAACGGUUACAACACACAUGUGGAUACCCGGUAAAAUAGAUAAGCUUAGGGUGACUUUCCAAAACGAUAGCCUCAUUACCAUCGAGUGGAAAGCGCCUUAUCCCCCUAGAGGUCGUGUCGACUACUACCAACUGAAAUUCACUCAUGACCAGUCCGAGAACGCGGUGGAAGCGCAAGUGAACGUUACCAACACGCAAAAAUACAAUAUCGAAGAGUGCGGACAGUCGGGGAAGUACAACAAUAUUCUAGUGUCUGUACGUGCUGUGAAUAUUAUCGAUGGGUCUCACAAACAUGGACCUUGGAGUAAACAGCUUGAAGCGCGGUGCGCUCAUUCGUCACGGCUUUACAUCAUAUUCUCCGUUUUGGCGGUCUUCAUUAUUGUUUGUGCUGCUGUCAUAUUCGGAUUCAGAAAGAUGUACGCGUGCUGCAAGAGCAUGCAAGACGUGGAGGUUAAGCUGCCUCCCGGGCUGGCGCCCGUCAUAGAGCAGCGCGACCUCGUGCCGUGGACGUCGGAGAAGAGUCCCGAAGACAUCGAUCGGUCGUCGCGCGCCGACGAGGAGCUCCUUCUACAGAAGAUGUCCGAGGUGAGAGCCAGCGCGGACUCGAGCGGAUGCAGCUCGGGCCACGAGAGCAUCACGUCGUCCUUGGAGUCGAACACUCACUUGUCAGUCGACUCUGGGACCGAUCAGCCGAGGAGUGUCAGCGACGAGAACAGGAGGAAUUCUUUGCGGCAGCGGAACGUGUCGUGCAAAGGUUACGUGAUGCCCGAUGCCAUACAGACGACCGUCAACUGGGGCCCGAAGCCCGCAGCCGCGGCGGGCAACUACUGCGUCCUCGGAGUCGACCCGAACAAGGCCGACCCCGCUCUGCCCUACGUGCCUGUCGGCGACGGUGGGUCGUCGGUGUCGCUGCCAUACAUAUCCUGCGACCCUAGCUCGGUCGCCCCGAAGGCGCAUGCGUUUCCGGGGGAGUUCGUCAAGACUGCGAAUCCUGGGUACGUGCCGUACAUGGCGAACGAACCGGCUGGCAAAAAUACAGGUUACGUGCUGGCAGGUCUCUCUAAGGAUAUCCUCGUGCCGGACCUGCGCCAAGUUGACGCGCCGGUCCCGAUGACUAGCGUCGAGGACAAGCCCUACCUGAAGAUGGACGCCCCAGCGACCCCGAAGGCGGUCCAGCUGGGGUGGCACCAGCCGGCUUUGGAGACCGCCAAGACGGGGUACGUCACCGUGGGGGAUGCGCCCCCGCCCAAGGCGCUGAAAGAAGCCCCCAAGGGGUACGUGCCCCACAGGCAGUUCGAAGCGAAGGCGCUGAAGGAGGACUAAUGGAUGUUAUGUAUGCAUAUGCGUGCGGUAUGAACGCGGAGGUUUUCGAGACUCAUUCGGUUGAGCGAGGUGGACGCGUAUUUUAUUAACCUCUUAGGUAACUGUUUAGGAGUAUCUGUUGAGUGUCUGAAUACCUCGAAUUUUCGGAUGGUUGUAGC